AUGGAGAGCACAAGAGUAUUUGUAUCUGGCCUUCCGCCUACCUUAACCAAUGAUCAGCUCAAGAAACACUUUGCGACCCGCUUCCAAGUGACAGACGCCCAUGUUUUGCCGAAGCGCAGGAUUGGGUUUGUGGGCUUCAAAAGCUCCGAGGUUGCCCAGCAAGCUGUUUCAUAUUUCAACAAGACAUAUAUGAAGAUGUCUAAGAUCUCUGUAGACAUUGCUAAACCGAUUGACGCAGAACCUGCCAAUGAUGCGCACAAGCCUGGCAAGAACAGUAGAACGUCUUUUCCUGCUGACGCCGCGGAAAACUCGCUCAAGCGUAAACGCGACGAGAAGCCCCAAGACCCCAAAGUACAGGAAUAUCUUUCCUUGUUACAACAACCCUCCAAGACCAAGACUUGGGCGAAUGAUGAUCAACUACCUACCCCGGUUGAGACCAACUCACCUUCAGAUGAACAGCCUGCCGAAGUUGAUGAUGCCCCUCAGGAGCUGACUUACGCCCAGAGAAAGAAGGCGAAGCUGGGACAGGAUGCGGGACCGACCUCACACGUGUCGGAGAAUGCCGGCCAUUCACCGACAGUUGAUGGGGAUGCGCAGCCUGAAUCUGAGAAAACAGAAGAGGAACAAGCAGGGCAAGGAGAGGACCAAGUGGAAGAUCAGGCUGUAUCUGACUCAGACUGGCUUCGCUCAAAAACGAGUCGUCUUUUAGGGCUCCUCGAUGAAGACGAACAAGUCGACUUUGCCCCACCUGCGCAGACUUCAAGUGCUGCCCUAGUCAGUGACAUGGACGUUGAUACUCCUGCGGAAAGUACCGAACAGCCGACGGCCAAUGGUCCUGCGAAAGCAACCGAGCCUCAAGAGGUCGACACGAAUAUCGAAAAUAUUCGCAUCUCCGCACGAUUAUUUGUUCGAAAUCUUUCUUACGACACGGAAGAGUCCGAUCUUGAACCUGUCUUUGCGCCUUUUGGAAAAAUCGAAGAGAUUCAUGUUGCCUUUGAUACUCGCUUUACCAAAAGCAAAGGGUUCGCAUAUAUUCAAUAUGUGGAUCCAGACGCAGCUGUUGAAGCAUACAAAAACCUUGAUGGGAAGCAUUUCCAGGGCCGUUUGUUACACAUUCUACCGGCAUCCCAAAAGAAGACGUACAAGCUAGAUGAGCAUGAGCUUUCCAAGCUACCGUUGAAGAAGCAGAAGCAGAUCAAGCGAAAGCAAGACGCUUCUUCUUCAACGUUUAGCUGGAACUCGCUGUACAUGAAUGUGAGCGCACCUCUCUUACGGCGAGUAGAACUAUGCUAA